AUGGCUGUGGAUAAGAGCUCCGGAAAAGAGAAAGCCAACCCCUGGCCUGACCUGGAUGCUGUAGGGGAGCAACAGCCUUUUGGAAGAGAGAAGUUGAAUACUAUGCUAAGCCUUCACCUUACCUUGGCUAUCUUUGUGACAUUAUGUGGUGCUAUGGGCUACAUGAUCCCUUUAGAGGUCACUAGAGAGAGUAAUCCAGAAGGUUGUAAGGACAAUGCCAACAUAAUGCCCAAAUUCAACACGAAAUGGAGAACUGAUAUGUGUGAGAUGCAUUCAUGUCAUCAAAGAAGUGGAAUACGGUGCUGCAGCAAAGUUCGUAUUCCUUCGUAUUAUGACAGAACCAAAUGUAAGGAAAUUUUCAAGAAGACGUCUUGUCACUACAGUGUUGUGAUGAAAGCCAAUCCCAAAAAAUCCUGCUGCUUUAAGUACAUGAACUAA